AUGGGCAGCAAGGAAGAUGUGGGGAAGGGAUGUCCGGCGGCCGGCGGCGUCUCCAGCUUCACUAUCCAGUCCAUCCUGGGCGGGGGCCCUUCCGAGGCACCGCGGGAGUCAGCCGGGUGGCCAGCCAGGAAACGCAGCCUGUCUGUGUCCUCGGAGGAGGAGGAGCUGGAGGAAGGCUGGAAAGCGCCGGCUUGCUUCUGCCCAGAUCCGCACGGCCCCAAGGAGCCAAGCCCUAAGCACCAUCCCCCGAUCCCUUUCCCUUGCCUGGGUACCCCCAAGGGCAGCGGAAGUGCAGGGCCUGCGGGCUCGGAGCGCGCGCCUUUCCUUUCUCCUUCUCACUCGGACUUUAAGGAAGAGAAAGAGAGGCUCUUGCCGGCGGGCUCGCCCUCUCCGGGCCCGGAACGGCCGCGGGACGGCGGUGCGGAGCGGCAGGCCGGAGCGGCCAAGAAGAAGACGCGCACCGUCUUCUCCCGCAGCCAAGUGUACCAGCUCGAGUCCACCUUCGACAUGAAACGCUACCUGAGCAGCUCGGAGCGCGCCUGCCUCGCCUCCAGCCUGCAGCUCACCGAGACCCAGGUUAAGACUUGGUUCCAGAACCGCCGCAACAAGUGGAAGCGGCAGCUCUCGGCCGAGCUGGAGGCGGCCAACAUGGCACACGCGUCGGCGCAGACUCUCGUGGGCAUGCCGCUGGUGUUUCGGGACAGCUCACUGCUGCGAGUGCCGGUGCCGCGCUCGCUCGCCUUCCCGGCGCCGCUCUACUACCCCAGCAGCAACCUCUCGGCCUUACCGCUCUACAACUUGUAUAACAAGCUUGACUACUGA